CCCAAAAUGGCGAAAAGCCUCAUCUACUAAAACAUUAGGCUGGUACAAAAUUGGUCUGUAUUCAUUCACAUUUGUGCCUCAGAGCACACCAUCUAGAAAUCAUUAAGGUAUAAGUUGUUCACUAUGUGACACAGGAUUUCUCAUAACUUAAAAGAGUAGGACCCAAGCUUCUCUCCAUAUCAACAAUUAAUAAACUAGAGCAAAAAAAAUUUAUACGGCAGCACAUCAUUUGGAUUUUUACUAAUUUUAUCAACUUCCAUUGAAAAUGAAAGAGUAUAAAGUUGUUGUUCUUGGCAGUGGAGGUGUAGGUAAGAGUGCCCUUACUGUAAAAUUUGUGUCUGGAACGUUCAUGGAAAAAUAUGACCCAACUAUUGAGGAUUUCUAUAGAAAAGAAAUUGAGGUUGACUCAGCACCAUCUGUGCUUGAGAUUCUUGACACUGCUGGAACUGAGCAGUUUGCUUCAAUGAGGGACCUUUAUAUAAAAAACGGUCAGGGUUUUGUUAUAGUCUACAGCAUAACUAGUAUACAAACGUUCCAGGAUAUCAAGACAAUGAGAGACCAGAUACAGAGAGUCAAAGGAAUAGAUAGGAUACCCAUGAUUCUUGUGGGGAACAAAUCAGAUUUGGACAGCCAGAGAGAAGUGUCAUCAUCUGAAGGAAUAUCUUUGGCCCAGCAUUGGGGUUGCCCAUUCUUAGAAACCUCGGCGAAAAGCACAAACAAUGUUAACGAGGUUUUUAUUGAAAUAGUGCGUGAAAUGAACUCUACCCCACUUCGGGAUAAUAAAGGAUGCUGUAUCAUUCUUUGAAGUUUUUAGGAUUUUAAAAUUUGUUUUCACUCAUUCUAGUAAAGAUAAAAAUUCUGUGAUGAUAGUGCAUGUACAUGAAUGCCUGCGUGAUAAAAAUAGUAACAAGGGGACACUACUGAAUGCAUACAAUGAUGGCGACCAGCUAGACAGUCUCCUGCUGAAUGACGCUGCCCCAUCUAUCAACCUUAUUCAUGAGUGGAAUUCAGCUUUAGCUCCUGAUGCUGCAGUUAUUUUUGUCAUGCUUAAUUGUUUUGUUUCGAUGACAAGUUGUUUGCUAGGAUAGAGAAGUGCUGUUUCGAAAAUUACGUAAACAUGGAAAGGGACAUAACUCAUAGUAUAAAUACUGCAAGGGACUUAAUCAUUUGUAUUUAUUUACAGUUGUUUUUUUUUACAAUUAGUACUACAUUUUUACACCUAUACGAUGGAGGACUCAUGCUUCAAAUUACUCGAAAAUUCAUUUAGAUGAUAGAUAAUUAAUAUUCUCUAAACUAGAUGAUGAUUAUUUAUUUUUGUGUGUGUGGUCAGAUGAUACAUGAUUUAUUAAAAUUUGCAAACAUUUGUUACCAACCAUCAAACUUGAUGUUUUCUCAAUGAAAGGGAAAUAAUAAUGUCUGCGUGUGUUACUUCCCCUGAUUUGUUUCCCUAGAUAUGUUGGUAGCUGAAAUGGCUAUGUAGAGAUGGGUCUUCCAAUAAGUGUGUUAUGUGUAGAUAUGUUGAAAGGAAACUUUUUUUAACAGUAGAAUUAAUUGCCUAUUCCAGGCUGUCAUAUAAAUUUUAUAUUUGUAAUUUAGCAGCAUUUUUUAAGUU